GCGAGGGAUUGUUAGCCAAGAUGGCGGUGGUGGCUGCCGCGGCGAGGGUUUGGGGGUCAAGUCGAGGCUUGGGCCGGGUUGGCCUCCUGCUCCUGCGGCAGCCAGGGGCUCGUGGGCUGGCUAGAUCACACCCGCAGAGGCAGCAGCAGCACUUCUCGUCCCUGGAUGACAAGCCCCAGUUCCCGGGGGCCUCAGCGGAGUUUAUAGACAGGCUAGAGUUCAUCCAGCCCAACGUCAUCUCUGGGAUCCCCAUCUACCGCGUCAUGGACCGGCAGGGCCAGAUCAUCAACCCCAGCGAGGAUCCCCACCUGCCCCAGGAGAAGGUGCUCAAGUUCUACAAGACCAUGACGCUACUCAACACCAUGGACCGUAUCCUCUAUGAGUCCCAGAGACAGGGCCGGAUAUCCUUCUACAUGACCAACUAUGGUGAGGAGGGGACGCACGUGGGGAGUGCAGCGGCCCUGGACAACACGGACCUGGUGUUUGGCCAGUACCGGGAGGCAGGUGUGCUCAUGUACCGGAACUACCCCCUGGAACUGUUCAUGGCCCAGUGCUACGGCAACGUGAGCGACCUGGGCAAGGGGCGCCAGAUGCCCGUCCACUAUGGCUGCAGGGAGCGCCAUUUCGUCACCAUCUCCUCUCCACUGGCCACGCAGAUCCCUCAGGCGGUGGGGGCAGCCUACGCGGCCAAGCGGGCCAACGCCAACAGGGUCGUCAUCUGUUACUUCGGAGAGGGCGCGGCCAGUGAGGGGGACGCCCACGCCGGCUUCAACUUCGCCGCCACCCUCGAGUGCCCCAUCAUCUUCUUCUGCCGGAACAACGGCUACGCCAUCUCCACGCCCACCUCCGAGCAGUACCGCGGGGAUGGCAUCGCGGCUCGAGGCCCGGGAUACGGCAUCCUGUCCAUCCGCGUGGACGGCAAUGAUGUGUUUGCUGUGUACAACGCCACCAAGGAGGCCCGGCGGCGGGCCGUGGCAGAGAACCAGCCCUUCCUCAUUGAGGCCAUGACCUACAGGAUCGGGCACCACAGCACCAGUGACGACAGCUCGGCGUACCGCUCAGUGGAUGAGGUCAAUUACUGGGACAAGCAGGACCACCCCAUCUCCCGGCUGAGGCACUACCUGCAGAGCUGUGGCUGGUGGGGCGACGAGCAGGAGAAGGCCUGGAGGAAGCAGUCCCGCAAGAAGGUGAUGGAGGCCUUUGAGCAGGCCGAGCGGAAGCUGAAGCCCAGCCCCAACCUGCUCUUCUCAGAUGUGUAUCAGGAGAUGCCUACCCAGCUCCGCAAGCAGCAGGAGUCUUUGGCCCGUCACCUCCAGACCUAUGGGGAACACUACCCCCUGGAUCACUUCGAGAAGUGAGGCUACUUGCCCCGUCCCCACCUUCCUCAGCUCUGCCUCUGAGGGGCAGAGGCGACGGGCAGGAUGCUACCGCCUUCCCCUGACAGCUCCCUCCAACGUACUCGGGCCAGGGCAGUACUUGGGGCGGCUCCUGCUCCUCCAGGCUGUUACAUCAGUGGGGCCUUGGUCAGCCCCUUCUUCGCCUUUAGUUACAGGGUCUUCUGCCAGGGGCUGGGCAAGGGCACCUGCAGGACCGGAAGCCCCUCAGGCCUGGGGGUGGACGAGGCAGGUCAGCCUGCGGAACUUAUUCAGAGUGAGAGGGGGUCAGCAGGUAGUGAAUAAACUAUGUCUCCGCAUUUGGCUCCAUGCUA